AUGUCCUUCAGAGCUUAUCUCACUAUCGUGGUGCUGUGUAUUACGAUGUGUUUCCUUACUAGUAUGAAGUCAGUCAAUGCUGUCGAUUGUCAAGGUGGAUACGAUACGGAUGACACCACAGCUUUUUGUACUGUGGAUGAACAGCAGAUUAACCUUCACCAUUGUGAUCCUGCUAGGUGUGGUCAUGAUAACGCUCGAUUUGUUUCAUGGAAAAAAUGUGUACCUUUUUAUAAACAAGAUGGUACUGCCGAAAGCACACAAAAUUGUGUGAGCUACGGUCAUUACGGCCCAAACCAUUACACUUGUACAAAUGCUAAUAAUGAAUAUUUCCUUUGCCCUCAUAAGUUGAAGGAUGCACCAUUCAUUUCAUGUAGCCGUUGCUAA